AUGAUCGUACCAACAAGCCUGAUGCGCGCCGCAUCGUUCGUGCCAAAAUAUGUGGAUGCAUCGAGGACCAUCUGGGCGAUACGCGACGGUCAUCGUCCCUUGGAUGUUCCAGUGUGUGGCUUCAGUGGCAGAGCUUGUCCGCUCCCGUUCAUACAGCGAUAUCUUGGAAUUGUUAUCAGUGGUGGCGUGCUGGUCACUAUUUCAUCGUUCAUCAUUGUUGCUGUCCUUACCUUGAUUGCUUGGUCUCGAAUGAAGGUUCAAAGGAUGGCAAUGAAACAGUGGCAAAUUCCAUUCAACAACCUAAAAAAGCAAAUCCAAGGGGCUGCGCAAAGCAGUGUACGAUCGUUGCUCAGCAAUGCAAGUGGCUCAGUGAUCACUAGACUCACCAACGAAAGCGCUGUAGCGGCGCUUACGAACGUCUACUUCCUCAACAAUGAAACGGUUUUCACCAGGAAACAUGCUGGGCGAGCGACAAUCCAGAAGAAGGAAAUCAGUGAAAUGUUGAGUGGUCUUGAUGCAAUACACAACUCGAUUCUGGGAUAUCAUGGUCAUUUAACAUCAAAAAAUUGCCUGCUCGACGAUCGCUGGCUCACAAAAAUCAGUGAUUAUGGCUUGCGCACCAUUCGAAUGGCUGAUAAACGCGAAAAAAAAGGUAGCACUUCUGCAUUUAUCCUAUCUACAAUAAAAGUAGCGCUGACUGAUGUGUGUCAAAUGCGUACAGACAUACCUCCUAAAAUCCAAAAGUUUGCACCUCGGUAUCUUCGUAACAGAGCUGCGGUAUCCCAUUUUUUUUUGGAAUGA